CAUGAAGUGACAAAAAAAGAACAAUUUCCAAGUUGUUGCUGAGAAAAUGGGCAAGACAUUCUCUCUUCGCAGACAAGAAAUAAUUUACAACACCUCUGAAAUCAAGGAUGUCAUGGAGCGCUGGCCUGCGUUAUCAGAUGCUGCACAGAUAAAUGAAGAAUUCAAAAGAAUAACCACUGUAAGUCUUGAAGCCACCUUUAUGGCCAAACUUGACAAGUGUACCCCAAAACUGAUGGACCUGGCCUCAUCAAAGGGAGGAGCUAAAGCAGAAAGAAUCAGAAAGAUCAGGGACAUGCUUCUCGAGCACAAUACAAUUGAAGUACGGAGAGAAGUAGCUAUCCGCUGCCUUGUUGUCUACCUUGGAGAGACAGAAGAGGACCUUUUUUUUGCUAACACACAAGAGUUUGAGGAAGACAUUGAAAGGCAAGUGAUGACAAUUGCCAUCAUCGGUGAUCAACCUACUUCAGGAUGUAACCACAAGACGGCAAACAUUGUGGUUGAGGGCAUCAAAAUCCUGAAUGGAAUGGAUAUCUCAAGGUGCUGUGCUCUGCUGAUGGGCAUAAUAUAUGCUCUGAAUCUGAGUUACCCCAAGGAACUUAAAUAUACCUGUGAAGUGUUUCAGAAGUUGUUUCUUGAACUUGAUGGACUGAAACCCAGUGCAAAAGUAAUGCGUCUGAAGAACAGUAUUUUCUGAAAUCUUGUUCACUUUUUUUUAUUUUUUAUUUGAAGUCUACUGUAGGCUGAUCUUUGUGUUAUAUUUCAUACUGCUUGAAAAACUGAGGUUAAUGUAUGAACAGUAUUUUCUGAAAUCUCUACUUGUUCCAGAGGAAACUUUGUUCACUUUUUUUUUUAUUUUUUUUUUAUUUGAAGUCUACUGUAAGCUGAUCUUUGUGUUAUAUUUCAUACUGCUUGAAAAACAGGUUAAUAUAUGAACGUCAGUAGCAUUUAUAUAUGCUUGUUUGUGACAGUAGCAAUCUUUGAUGUUUUAAAAAUGGGGUUUACUGUGAAGAAAUAGUUUUAAAAAGUUUUACAGAUUGUUUGACACUGUGGAAAAAAUAUGUAAAUGCCAAUAACUUUGCUGUGUUGGAAUUUAUUCAUUGUGAUGGCAUAACUGAGUAUGCAUACAAAUGUUUUAAAGGCAAAUCUGUAGGGCCAGUUUGUUUAUAAUUUGUGGGGAGCACACAUUAAAUUGUGCAAAGUGUAAAACUAAAAUUGUGAAACUCAAUUUUUGAAACUGCAGUUCAAAAUUAAAAAAAAAGGUUAACUAACAAAAUUGUUGUUGAAUUAAUUAAUUUCUUACAAGCAACUAAAUGAAUGGAAAAAUACAAAUAAAAAAAAAAGCUAAACAAUUAA